UCAAAUUUCUGAUUAAUUGUGUAGAGUCAGUAAACCAUUGAAGCUCUCAAUCCAAUUUGAAUGCUUUAAUAUUGCACAUUGUUAGUGAAAACUUGGAGAUUGAAGCACUGUUUAACUCCCUCAUUUCAGCAAAGUGUGGCCUCAUAUCUUCUUCCUGCUCCUUUCUUUCUUUUAAUAGAAUGUUAGGAUUUUGUGUUUAGACCAACCAGCUGUGCAUUGCAAUUCUUUGAUGAGUUGUGUUGUAUUUGAUGGCCUUAACCCCAAAUGGCUGUGUUCAGAAGUUACCUGCUGGUUCAAGAAUGAACUUACUGCCACCAUUGAGUUGUCCACCUGACCCAGCUGUCCAUUUCUCAAAUCCGAACCAUCUAUGGCCGUUAUCUACUUGCUAUCGGCCUCUUAUUGUCUUUCCUCAUAUUAGUCUUAGCUUAUCUAGGCUAAAAACUUCAGCAAGUCAUCGACCUGAUGUGCAUACGUCAGCGUCAUCCUCCUUCGAAAAUUGCUUGUGGCUUCAACUGCCUCUAGGAUUUGUUGAGGCUUCUGCCUCUUCCUUAUUAUUAGUCGCGCUUGGCAUCUUCACCUUCUCAUUAUCUAAUACGAAAUCUACUGCACUUGCUGCUGUUGAUGCUGCUGGAUGUCGGUCAACUCAGGAGGAAAGUAUUGCUGAAGGCUUGUCAUUGGAUUUGCAUCCAGAUAAUGUUUCAGGAAAAGAUGUGGAUAAUGUGGAUGAUGAGCAGUGGUGUGAAGCAUUUGAAAGUUGGAAAUCCAAAACAUAUGCUUUAACUGUCCCUUUAAGAGUUGUUGCUCUACAAGGCUCUGUACCACCUGCCUGGAUCAAGGAUUUUAUUCAAUCACAAGGAAGGAGGUUAAAGUUAAGUGUGCAGUUCCGUGGAACUCUUGAAGAUAUAUUUUGUGAACUUUCAAUGUCCUCAAGCAAAAUCAAUGCUUCCCCAAAAUCUGCUAUCACCGCUGAUCUCGUGACUAUUGGUGACUCGUGGCUUGAUCUCAUGAUUGGCAAGUCUAUAAUCGAGCCAAUGGAAAUGGCAGAAGACCAUGAUUGGAUAAAGGGUCUAACUGAAAAAUGGAAGGUUUAUUUACGUAGGAAUAGCAAAGGGAAGAUUGAUCCUGAGGCUAAAAUAUGGGCUGUUCCAUAUCGAUGGGGAAGCAUGGUAAUAGCAUACAAGAAGAGCAAAUUUGAGAAGCUUGGACUGGCUCCAGUAGAGGACUGGAAAGAUUUAUGGCGUCCCGAGCUUGCAGGAAGGAUUUCGAUGGUAGAUUCACCGAGAGAGGUUAUUGGAGCUGUGUUGAAGUAUAUGGGAGCGUCAUACAAUACCAGUGACAUCAACAAAGAGGUUCCUGGUGGAAUAAGUGCUGUACAAGAGAACCUUGCUCGACUUGCAAAACAGGUCUUAUUAUUUGACAGUGGGAACUAUCUCAAGGCAUUUAGUGUUGGUGAUGCUUGGGUGGCGGUAGGAUGGAGUAAUGACAUUCUUCCCGCUGCCAAGCGAAUGUCAAAUGUUGCAGUUAUUGCUCCGAAGUCAGGAGCCAGUUUAUGGGCGGACCUGUGGGCUGUUCCAGCUACAACUAGAUGCCCACCAACAGAAAAUCUUGGAGGGCGAAUCAGAGGGCCAUCGCCGCUAAUUCAUCAGUGGUUAGACUUCUGCCUACAACCUGCUAGGGAGCUUCCCUUCAAGCAAGGGGUGUUUCCUGGUGCAUUGCCUUCUGCAUUAGAAGAUGUACCUUCUCAAAUUCUUCUCAAGGGUGCCCCAAAGCUGGUCACCAACCUGAUUUCUGGAGUUCCACCGCCGGAAAUCUUAAAUAACUGCGAAUUUUUGGAGCCACUGUCUGAUGAUGCAUUUUCAGAUUAUGAAUGGUUGCUUUCUACUAUGGAGAAACCAGGUCGUGGAUUAAUAGAAAAAUUCUUUACAACUGCAUCUCAUGCUAAAAUGAAGCUGCUAUCAUUUACAAAAUAAUAUCGAUGAUGUCUGAGGUGCUGGAUCUGUAAGAACAGACGAACAAGCGAUACUGUGUUGUAGUAUUAUUGAAUGUCCUUGACCAAUAGUACGAGUUAUGAUCAUGA